GGAUUGUUUGCUAGUAGUAUCUUUAUUGGUGGAUUGUUUGGAUGUUUGUUUGCCAUGUUUACAGGAUCUGUACUCGGUAGAAAGUUAUCCAUCAUUCUCAGUUGUUUAAUUUCAAUUAUUGGAUCAAUUGGAGCUGCUGCAUCAUAUCAAUAUUCUACAUUGAUUGUCUUUAGAUGCAUUUUGGGUUUUGGAAGUGGAAUUGUCACUGCAGUUUCUUCGGUGUAUGUUGUCGAGUUGAUGCCAUUCCCUAAAUAUAUGGGAUUAUUGGGAAGUAUGUUCAAUUUGGGUAUUAGUUUGGGUACUUGUUGGGGAUAUGCCUUUGGGGCAAUCUUUGUUCGUUCGAGUGAAAUGUGGAGAGCUGUUCAUGCUUUCCACAAUUUAUUUAUCAUUCCACUUUUUGUUUUGGUUGUUUUUAUUAUUCCUGAAUCUCCAUUGUUUAUUCAUGGUGGUCAUCAUGAUCAUGAGGAGGAAUUGAAACAGAAACAUCAGCAAAAGAUGGAUGAAUCAAAGGUGGGCAUUGCAAAUCAAAAUGCAGCCAAUCCAACAGAAAAUCGUCCUGUGGUGGAGGGAAACACUGAUGAAGAACAGAUAAAGACUCUUCCUCAUGUUUGUUCUGCCUAUGUCAAUAAUGACGCGAUUGAUGACUCUGAAGUAUUGGAAAGAGAACAAGAUGCUGCUGAUAUUGAAACUCAACAAGAUGAAUCUCCAAUUGAUGAACAAGAAAGACCAAAACUACAACAAGAACAACCAUCUGGAGAAGCUAACACAGAGAUAGAAAUGCCAGUAAUAACAGAAGAACCACCCAUUAAGAAGAAAACCAUGUCGACCAUUGCUGCCUGCAAGAGAUUAUUCUGCUCCAAAGUUAUUAAGGCUCUUAUUAUAGCUUGUUGGGGAUGUUUUGCUAUGGAAUGGACAGGUAUUCAGAGUUCAGUCAUGUUUUUACCAUCAUUAAUUGAGGCUGCCGGAGUUUCUGAUCCAUUAGGUCAGCAAUUGGCUUCACUAGGUGUUUCUGUAUGGCAAUUAUUUUGCAUCUUCCCAACCAUGUUCCUUGUUGAUAAGUUUGGAAGAAAGCCACUCAUGAUCUUUGGGUUCACUGUCAGUUUCUUAACAGAUCUUGCAGAAGGUUUCAUCUUUCAAUUUGGAGAAAAUGGACAAGUUUACAAAGUAGCCCUCGCUCUCUUGUUCAAUUGUUUGUAUUUAAUAGGUUUUCAUGUUGGUGUUGGUUCACUUGGUUAUGUUUUGGCAUAUGAAGUUUUUAGGGGUGAGAAUGAGAAGGUUGUCGUUUUGGGUACUUCAAUCAGCACGAUUGCCAUGUGGUCAACUUCAAUUAUUCUCUCAUUGUUUUUCAUUCCUGUUGUUGUAAUGACAAAUCAGGCAGUUCCUUGGUUUAUUUUUGCUGGAUUUUCUUUUAUUGGAAUUAUUAUUUAUUCGACCUUGUUGGAGGAAACUUCACCAAAUAUUAUUGCAAAGAGAGCUGUUGCUAAAGCAAAGAAGGAAGCUGAAAAAAAGGCAAUUAGUGUUGCAGGAGUUGAAAAUGUGCAGACGAAAGAAGAGGAAACUCAAAAUGGAAACGUGGAAAAUGAUACCAAAGAUAUCCAAUUGACAGAAAGCAAGGAUGCAUAA